AUGUUUGUCAGCGCUGCCGGCAGUAACCGCAUCUCGUCGGUGACGGCGACGCCUGGCUAUGGGCCCGAUCGUCAGGCUGACGAAGUCUUUCUGAAUCUGAUAUUAGAGUAUAUCCCUGAAACCGUGUACAGAGUGGCACGCCACUACAGCAAAAGCAAACAGCCGAUUCCGUUACUUUAUAUAAAGUUAUACAUGUAUCAGCUGUUUCGCGCACUGGCAUACAUUCAUUCUCUCGGCAUCUGUCAUCGUGACAUUAAGCCGCAGAAUCUUCUGCUAGAUCCUGAGACAGCAGUUUUGAAACUUUGUGAUUUUGGCAGUGCGAAACACCUGGUACGCGGCGAGCCGAACGUGUCCUACAUCUGUUCACGCUAUUAUCGUGCCCCGGAGCUAAUAUUUGGCGCCACCGACUACAGUACAAACAUAGAUGUAUGGUCGGCAGGCUGCGUGUUGGCAGAGUUGCUGCUUGGUCAGCCAAUUUUCCCCGGUGAGUCGGGAGUCGACCAGCUGGUCGAAAUCAUUAAGGUACUCGGAACUCCGACGAGGGAACAGAUCCAGCACAUGAAUCCAAACUACACUGAAUUCAAAUUCCCGCAGAUCAAACCUCAUCCAUGGUCAAAGGUUUCGUGA